UAUAUGGUAAAUUUCUACCAAGACUAUGCAAACGAUACUUUCGAAUGUGGUUACUAUGUCAGAAAAAGAGAAUUGAAAAUAACUGUCCUAGAUAGUCAUACCACAAGUGUUUUCUUGCCUGGUUCCAGUCCUGUGUUGUAUUUCAAGUUACAAAAUGGUUUGGCAAGUAACAUAAGAUUAUACCUACUCCAGUCUAACGUCACACUACUUGAAGUCGAUCAAGAAAACAACGUGACGUACCAUGAUAAUGACGUUACUUUCAACGGAAAUGUUCAUCAAAACAACUUCUCCGCAAAAAUUCUAAACUUACAAAGACAAAGAAACGGGACAUAUGUCUGUGAAUACACCAUUGAUGAUGGCACCACUAUGCGAGACGGCAUAACUGUUGUGGUUCUAAGAAAACCAAAGGCGCCGGAAAUCAUAAAUACCACGUGGGAAGUUUUCGGAAAUGGAAUAUCAGGCACUCUAACUUGUGAGGGUACUUCUGAUUUCGCCGCUCCACUUUUCUAUAAACCUGCUGUAGCAGCCAAUUUAACGACUGAAUGGAUCAUUCCAUCCGAAAACGAUUGGCAAGGGAGAAACGUUGGUUACUUUUCAUCAAUCAAUGGAUCCUCAGCUAACAUAUCAAUUCUUGAUUGUAUGGAAACGAAUUUGUUGCCGAUAUAUUGCAAAGUGUCAGAAAAGUCGCUUGUUUCGGACAAAAGCUUUGGGUUUUUCCCUUACAUUAUGUGUCCGGAACUAGAUUUAUGGUCGCCUGAUGGAGAUGGUGUUGAUAUAUUGCCGGCUGAUGAGCAUGAUGAAGAUGGUUUUGAUAUUUUUGAUUUAUUAACUGUUUUUCUGAUAUUGGCUUCUGUAAUUGCUACUUCUAUAACGCUGUUAAUUAUACGAAGAAGGCGGCAAAGAACACAUUCUCUAACAGACGGAUUACCCUCUGAACGAGAUUUUCGUUCGGACGGAGUACAACAAGCAUUGGAACGUAUUGCAAUGGAAGAGUCUAGACAGAACUAUGAGUUACACGGCGGGCAGAGUGCAGGAACAAACACUGUAAGUCCUUUCGUCCAAAAUGAAAACGAGGCCGGAACAUCGCAACUACUCAGCAGUAUACAAGGUGCCGAAAGAGGCGCUCCACGGGUAGAAGUAACAAAUGAUGACAUAACUGUUCUGAGAGAAGUCGAGUCAUUGCUAACCAGUCUCCAAAGUCAGUUAGGUGCUGUCAUACCACUUCGGGUGUCAAGAGAAAAUAUAUUAGAGAAUCUUAUAGGUUAUUAUACUGACGAAGAUCUGGCAGCGUCUCGCAUAACUGUGAAGUUUAUCGGUGAGGAAGGCAUGGACUGUGGUGGUGUCACUAACGAUAUGUUUACAACAUUUUGGUACCGAGCUCAAGAGGAGUUCUUCAUUGGCUAUGAGGCAGUGGUGCCGUACCUUCCCCCUCAAAGAUUCACAGACGAUUCAAAAUAUCGAGUUCUUGGCAGGAUAUUAUCUCAUUCCAUUGCUGUUAUGAAAGAAUUUCCGAUACAUAUGUGUAAAAGCACGAUUAUUGCGAUGAUCUAUGAAACAACGGAUGCUUCGGCUGAGAUUCUACUUGAAGAUUUCCUGUACUUUCUGGACAGCCAUGAUCGUAAUUUGGUUACCAUGGCAAUAAACAGUUACAACAGUUUAACUUCUGAUCAAGCAGUCGAACUAAGGACCAUAUUUGAGAGAUACGAAUAUGCAAUUAGAAUAACAGCCGAAAACUUUAGGUAUCACGUGACACAAUUGGCACGCCAUGUGUUAUGUAUACGUCCAAAACCAUUGCUUGACAAAAUGAGGACAGGGAUACCGCAAUCGCACAUGGAACGAUUCUGGUCGAGUGUCCAUUUGAAGACAUUAAGUGUUCUUUUUCGUGCACUCAAACCAACACCAGAAAGAGUAAUCGCCCGCUUGAAAACAUCAAACUCCAUCUUAGGGCUGACUGAACAGCAACGUAGGGUUUUCGGUUUUCUUAAAGACCUGUUGAAAGAAAUGACGACACCAGAGAUUGAGACGUUCCUUCAAUUUGUAACAGGAAAGAAAUCUGUACCACGGGAGAAGAUAACUAUUGAGUUUACACGAGCCACCGGCAAUCUGAGAUUACCGAAGGUUCACACUUGUUCAAACAUGAUGGAGUUGCCAGCAUCAUACGAAGAUUACGAAACCUUUCGCUCCGAGUUCAAACAUCUUCUGGCAUCCGAUGAAGCACUGAAAAUGUCAAUGGCGUAGAAAAACACCAGACAGUUCUCAAUGUAACAUAAUGCAUAAAUUUCAUAGAAUAAACAAUUACUCUGGAACUCAAGGUGCAAGUAUACACUAAUCUCCUUGUGUAACUUUGCAAAUCAGCCAGCUUAUUUUUAAAGACAAUCAUUGACCAUGCAAGGUCUGUUGAUCUUAUAAUGAAGAUUAACUUUAAAUUCGGUACCAUAAAAAACAACACAAAAACAUAACGUAUAAUGAUGUAAUUACAGCGCAAACCGUUAGUAGUAAUGGCACUAUAACGUCAUCGUCCGAACUAUUCAAAGAACUAGUAAAUAUUUCACAUCUGCUAUAAAUCCUUUUAUUAUUACAUAUUUGUCUUUAUAAUAUUAUUAUCUAUAGAAAUGCUUACAACGUACAUUGUAUAUUUGGAAUGUAGUUUUACUUAUAAAUAUUAGAUAUUUUGUACGGACAUGUGAAUGUAGUUUUACUUAAAUUAUUAUCUUGUAUGGACCUUAGACUGUGGUUAAAUUAUAUCUUUUGUAUGGACCUCACAAUGUACGAUCAGUUUGUUAAUUAUAUAUAUAUAUAUAUAUCUCUUGGAAACUAUUUUGUAUCUUUUGCAUGUACUUCAGAUUGUAGUUUUAGUUUGUAAAUUACCGGUAUAUCUUUUGUUUUGUAUGACAAUGCGGAUGUACUUUAAGUGUGCAAAUAAUUAUUUUGUAUGCAUCUCAGAUUACGAGUAGUUAUGUUUGAAAAUUAUAUUCUAUGCGGGUCGUCCGUGCCCGAGGAGUUAAGGUCGUUGACUUCAAACCACUAAGUCCCUCAAAACUGUGGUUUUGAAUACCGAUAUGGAAUUUGGAUUCUUUCAUGUGAGGAAGCUAUCCAGCUAGCUGACGGAACGUCGGUGGUUCUACUCGGGUGCCCGUUCGUGCCUGAAAUAAUGCACGGAAGGGCGCUCAUGAUGUCUUCCUCCACCAGUAAAGCUAGAACGUCGCCAUAUGACAUAUACUGUGUCGAUGUGACGUAAACCCCAAUCAAACAAACAAACAAAAUAUCAUUUGUAUGCAUCUCAGAUUGUAGAUUUAGUUUGAAAACGACAUAUGUAUAUCGUUUGUUUUGAUCACUGUCAGAUUGUAGUUUUAACUUGAUAAUUAUAUAUUUUGUAUGCACCUCAGAUUGAAGUUUUAGUUUGGAAAUUAUAUAUUUUGUUUGCCCUCAGAUUAGUUUUAUUAGUUUGAAAAGCGGUACGUCAAGAUACCGAAAUCAACUUAGAUUUCGGUAAAGUUACCGAAACCAACUUUUCAUUAUUAAUUUUGAAAAGUAUAUCUUUUGUAUGCACCUCAGACUGUAGUUUUAGCUUGUAAAAUAUAUAGAUUGUACGCACUUCAGAUUAUUUUUCUGUUUUUUAUCU